AUGGAUCGCCCAGUCGGACCUCCCGUUGAAAUCAGACAAGCCUUACCACCACCUUCGACCACAAUUACAGGCCCCUCCGUCCAACUGGAACCAUUGGACCCCAAACACAUCGACGACCUGUACCCCCUCAUCGGACAGCCCGAGCACGCCGCUCUGUGGACAUACAUCCCCAAAGGCCCCUUCACCGACAAACCCUCCUUCACAGAAGCCAUCACGGCCCUCUCCGAAUCCAAAGACCCCUUCUUCUACGCCAUAAUCAACAAAACAACCCAGAAACCAAUCGGCUUCUUCAGCCUCCUCCGCAUCGACCUCACCAACCGCGUCAUCGAAAUCGGCUUCAUCGUGUUCUCCCCUCUUCUGCAGCGUACGACUGCUGCCACAGAGGCAGUGUAUCUCCUUGCGAGAACGGUCUUUGAGGAUCUGGGUUAUCGCCGGUUUGAGUGGAAGUGCGAUAAUCUGAAUGCGCCGUCUAAGAAGGCUGCGGCCCGGUUUGGGUUUACGGCGGAAGGGGUGUUUCGCCAGCAUUUGAUUGUUAAGGGGCGGAAUCGGGAUACGGCUUGGUUUUCGAUUUUGGAUUCCGAGUGGGCUGUCGUGAAGGGGGCGUUUGAGAAGUGGUUAGAUCCGGGCAACUUUGAUGCGGAGGGGAAACAGGUGCGUUCUUUGGUGGAGUUGAGGGGUGUUUGA